AUGCGUCUUCUGAUUCUUUUAUUCGCAGUCUUUUCUGUGGUUUCUGCGAUGGGAUUCAUCAAUUUUGGUAAUGGUGGUGGUGGUGGUCAAGUUGGCCCCCCAAAGAUUAAAAAGGGUGAUUGGCCUGCACGAUUCCCUCAACAUCCAGCUGGAUUUGAUUACAAAUGCAAGAACCGACAAUUCGGAACAGUUACUCUCGCACCUUCAUCAGGACAACAAGUUCAACGAGAUGUCGAAGAGGUUGUGACAACAACUACUCAUGCUCCAACAACUACUCAUACUCCGACGACAACUCAUGCACCAACUACAACCACUGUCAAACCAACUUCAACUACCACGUUGAAGCAGAUUUUGACAACUCCAACGACUACAACAAAGAAGGCUGACCCACCAAAAGCAACAGGAACAACAUUCUGGAUUAGAAGUCCAACACCUCCAAAUACUCCAGUUCCAGUUGUUCGUGGAGGACAUGCAUUCACUCUCGGCCCACCACAGUUGGCAACUGUUAAAAUUAUUGCUCCGUUUGCUCCAGAUGCCGCCCUUGAUCCAUUUGGAAUUCCUUCUGGAGAUUUGGAUUUUGAUAUUAAACCAGUUGGAACUCCAAAAGCACCAAGAGCUGUUAUCGAUCCAGAUGCAUAA